AUGGCCCCACAAAUCCUCACUUCGAUCUAUCCGCCUCUGCCCAAGGCAAGCUAUUCCAACAUCUUUGACUAUGUCAGCUCGGAAUCCGAAUCGUCGCUCGCUGGCAAGGUCCAAUUUGUCCGCCAGGAUGGGAAACAGUUCACACAUGGUGAGGUGGUCCGCGAAGCACGCCGCCUGGCCUGGACUUUGAGGCACAAGCUUGGCUUGCAGCCGCGUCAACGCAUCGGUGUAAUUUCGCCCAACCACACCAUGUACCCGAUCUUUGUCUUUGCAGCAGAGGUCGCUGGGCUUGUCACUGCUCCCGUUAACCCGGCUUUGACGGUUGGCGAGCUCGCCAAGUCGCUCCAGCAGGCCUCGGUGGACAUUGUUCUUAGUCACCCCUCGUGUCAAGAUAAUGUCCGCGCUGCAUGGGAGCAGGCCAAGAUCGCCAUGGGUCGACCCAUCGCCACCUCUUCUUCGGACGCCGUAAGCGACGGUCUGUUUAUGUUUGACGAUGCUGACGAGCUUGUUGUUGGAAAGCACGGUGAGCCUGACAUUCGCGCUCAGAUGACUGACAACCUGCUCGAGUCGUACCGCGUCGAGGAUCCUGCCACCGAGACGGCCUUCAUCAUGUUUUCGUCUGGCACUUCGGGCUCAGCCAAGGGUGUCGAAAUCACCCACUCGAACGUCAUUCACAGUGUCAUGGCCCUGGUCGCCACGCACGAUGACUACUUUGGCCAGAAGGAUGUUCAAGUCGGCUUUUUGCCCUUCUACCACAUUUUUGGCUUGAUCAAGCUCAUGCACCACCCCUUCUACCUCGGUAUGAAGAUUGUUGUCUUGCCCAAGUUCAGCCUUGACCUGUUUUGCGAAAAGAUCCAGGAGCACCGUGCUACGGCCUCGUUGGUGGUUCCUCCGGUGCUUUUGCAACUUGCAAAGAGCCCUGUUCCCGAGAACUACGACAUGUCGAGUCUCAAGUGCGUUCAGUGCGGUGCUGCUCCCCUCUCGGCCGAGCUGUUUGAGCUGCUCGAGAAGCGAUACCCUGGCAUGGUGGUGCUCAACGGAUACGGACUCACCGAGUCACUCCCUUCGGUGAUUUGCUCUGGACCUAAGGAGCUGCCCAACUCGAAGGGUGCUGCUGGCCGAAUCGCUCCCGGUGUCGAAGUACGUCUUGUCUCGGAGGAGGGCCACGACGUUGGUCAAGAGCAGGGUCGGGAGGGUGUUCCCGGUGAGGUGUGGCUGCGUGGCCCCACCAUCAUGAAGGGCUACCUCGACAAUGAAGAAGCGACGCGCGAGGCCUUCACGGCUGAUGGAUGGUUCAAGACCGGAGACGUUGCCGUGAUGCGCAACACCGAGAUCUUUAUUGUCGAUCGUAUCAAGGAUCUGAUCAAGUUCAAAGGCUUCCAGGUCUCACCUGCUGAGCUCGAGGCUGUGAUCACGAGCCAUCCCGAGGUCGCCGAUGUUGCCGUCUUUGGCGUCUGGUGUCCCGCUCAGAUGACCGAGGUGCCGCGUGCUUGCAUCGUGCCGAGGAACUUGGAGCUGCUCAACCAGCCCGAGGAAUGUAUGGAGCUGGAGAAGCGCGUGCGCUCGCACAUGGAGAAGCUUGUUGCUGCGCACAAGAAGAUUCGUGGUGGCAUUGAGUGGGUUGCCACGAUCCCCAAGUCGCCCUCGGGCAAGAUCUUGAGGAGGCUGUUGCGUGACGAGGCUGCUCGAGCGGCUGUCAAGGCCGACAAGAAGAACCAAUUGCGAUCUACGUUGGUCAUCACGCUCUCGGCCACCAACACCAGCAAAAGCAACAAAGACGAGGAAGAGUCGAGGGAAACCAUUUUCUCUCCCGUUUCGCCUGUUGCUGCUGCCUGA